AUGGCGUUCGCAGCCCCCGUCAGCAGAGACGGGUUCUCUUUCGCAGGCGACUCUUUUUCCGUUUCUGCGAGCGGUCAUGUUCACCGGCGGAGCACGCUACCAGAACUCAAGGCGCACUUCAAAGCAAUCGGGAGUGGCAAAGAUCAACCGGGCCACUGGUACGAAGCCCAACUUCUUCACUAUGGCCUUAACCCCUCCAAGGUGAAGGGUACGGCCAAAAUGCGUCUCAUGGAAGCUGUUGCUGCUGGGAAAAUGACAGUUCCAGCCUCGCUGACUGCUCUGGAAAAGGACAUGAAGAAGGAGUGGACCAAGGCGAAUAAAGCUACUAUGGUUGCAACACCCAAACCAUCUGGAACAAGAGCCGCAGCUGGCACUAAGAGAAAGGCAACUGAUGUGCAAGUCGUUGCCACAGGGGGAACAUCUGUCAGUGUUUCGGUUACUGUGAGCCACGGAGCGGAUAUGCACGCUGCGAAGAAACCGAAGGCCACUCCAAGAACCACGUCUACGAAACAGGGUGCAACAAAGACGAGCAAGUCUGCCACGCCGAAGGCCAACGGACCGAAGGCCAGUGCAUCACGAACAAGCAUGCGUGAUUCUCCUCCUACGUCACUUGGCCAAAGUCGACAAACAAACACUCUACUUGCGGCGUCAACGUCAUCUCCAGUCCCUCGGAAGCAGUACGCACGUCGAGGAAACCCCAACUUCGGAGGUCGCAUCAAGAAUGAACGUGAAUUCGAGAACGAGGACAACAUCAGCUCAUUCGACUACAUUCCAUCUGGCGCUGCCUCCUCUUCUACUGGUUCAUCUUACCCAAGGCAGACCGCUCGCCGUGGUAACCCUAGCUUUGGUGGCAGAAUCAAGCGCGAACCUGUGGUCAAAGGCGAAUUUGACGACAUACCCCCUCCGGUUAGUCUUCUGCCCCUCGGUCUGAUCAAUGGUCGCUACGAGGUUGUGUACAUGGGCUUUGGCCGCAGCUAUCUGAACGAAGACUACCGUUACCUUGUAUGCACCAUUGAGGGCGAUCGGCUAUGGGUGUCUUUUGAUUUCAAGGUCGUCAGAGGUGUUAUGCAAACACAUACGCGACCGAUGGUGUCUGACCUGGAGCCAUUGCUGUUUCACUGGUGCGGAGAAGGACCAGACGGCAGGACCUACGACUGUUCUCAUGAGGCGUCUUUGACAUUCGUUGGGGGCGGGGUGAUCGAGGGUACUAUCGAGUUCGCGUGCUGGAAGUAUGAUUUUAGGGCAGAGCGCGUUAGUGGUCAAUCUACGAGGAGUCAAAUUCCUGCGUACGAAAUGCGCGAUAACUGGGAGAGCUGGUGCGCUGGAUAA